GGGAUGCACAAAUGCGGCUUGAUGGCUACUGGACAGAGGCAGCGUUUUGAUUGUGGUUGUAAGGGAAUACGAACUUGCCUGAGAUGCGAGCAAGAGCAGUCUAAGCAAAAUAUACUGCAUAAGAAUGAGCUGAUACAUUAUGAUUUCACUUAUGAUCCCGUGUCAAAGUCAGCAGUCCGAGAGGACAGAGGUGUUCGACAGUCCUUUGCGUUUCCUGGAGUGUUUUUGUGGGAGGAUUUUGUCUCGGAAGAUGAAGAGAAAGAGUUGGUCGCAAGAAUGGACGAAAAUGUCUGGAACGAGUCUCAAUCAGGCCGGCGGAAACAGGACUUUGGGCCAAAGGUGAACUUCAAAAAACAGCGGGUCCGUGUGGGGGACUUCACUGGCCUCCCUGCGAUCAGCAGUUACCUGGUUAAUAGGAUGACGCAGGCACCUUUAUUGGCCUCCUUCAAACCAGUAGAACAGUGCAACUUGGACUAUGAUCCAUUGAGGGGCUCUGCAAUUGACCCUCACUUAGAUGACAGCUGGUUAUGGGGAGAGCAUUUGGUAACCAUCAACCUGCUCUCUAACACUGUCUUCACAAUGAGUUUGGAUAGAGGAUGGGGAGACAUGGACAAAGGGGAGGUGAGAGUGGCAGUGCAUCUACCGCGGAGAUGUUUGGUUGUACUUUAUGGAGAGGCACGGCUUCGAUGGAAACAUGCCAUUCACAGAAAAGACAUUCACAGCCGCAGAGUGUGCAGCACCUUCAGAGAGCUGUCUGCUGUGUUUCUACAGGGAGGGGUACAGGAAAAGCUGGGAUCUGAGUUGUUAGAUAUUGCACUGAGCUUCAAGGGUGUACCACUGUAAGCCAUCUCUGCCUAUUUAUGUCCAAAGUGAAAUGUAUGUUCAAUUUUCUUAACACACAACUGUAAAGUGAUGAUUUUUAAUUCUAAUU